AUGGUACAGCCCGACCUUGGUCCUCCAGCGACGAAGUACAAGGAAGAUCCAAUUGAUGAUCCCCUUCGACACGGCAACUCUGGGCGUCCCGGUUCUCAACAGUCUCAGGCAUUACAACCUCGAUCAAAUCUAGCACAGAAGCAAGGCCCCGCCUCGCCUGUUCAGCCCUCUCUUUCUCUUCUUCCUCCUACCACAUACCCUCCGCCAUCUCAUCCAUUAAACGGCGUCCUGCACCACCAUAAUCCCUACGGACCACCACCUCAGGAUUCACCCUACUAUACCACCAACUCUCCCUAUACAACGACCCCGGCGUCGGCACAUUACCCUUCUAGUGGGCCACCUGACCUCAUGGCAUCUACCGCUCAAAUGCAGAGACCUUAUCCCUCUAUUUACCACACCCCUCAAUCAAGCUCACCAGCUUCGAAAGCUCCAUCCCAAGGGCCACCACACCAUUCCCCCCACCUCCCUACAUCCGGCAUGUCCAGCAGCCCGAUCAUGAAACUAGACUCCUCCCAGCACCCCACCACUCCACAACAAACAAUGCUGAACCCUCCUCUCACCGCAACCAACAGCCACGCAAUGUCCGGCAGCAAUCCCCACGCAAGCCCACCACUGGGUGGUACCACCUCCAGCGCAGCGCCAGGCCCCAUCCCAGCCACGACCCCGCUAGUGGUGCGACAGGACAGCAACGGUGUGCAGUGGAUCGCCUUCGAAUAUUCCCGAGACCGGGUGAAGAUGGAAUACACCAUUCGGUGUGACGUGGAAUCAGUCAUCGUGGACACGCUCACGCAAGAAUUCAAAACCGAAAACUGUGUGUACCCGCGCGCCUGUUGCAGCAAGGACCAAUAUCGCGGGAACCGACUGGUCUACGAAACAGAAUGCAAUGCCGUCGGCUGGGCAUUGGCAGAUCUGAAUCCUGCUCUGAGAGGAAAGCGUGGUUUAAUUCAGCGUGCUGUCGAUAGCUGGCGCAACAGCAAUCAGGACCCGAGACUGCGUAGCAGACGGGUCCGUCGUAUGGCGAAAAUUAACCGAAGACAGUCGGUUCCCGCUCAAUCGACUCAUAUGGCCCAGCAAGGUCCUGUUGGCCCGCCUGGUCCGCCUCCAGGUAUGAGUGCUAUGCCGGCUCCUGUACCCCGUCCGAGUUUGGGUCCCAUGUCGAUGGGCCCGCCGCAGAUGCAUCAUCAUCAUCAACCUGAUGGUAGUCCUAGUGAGGAAGUUAGCGGCACGGAAUACCCAGGCCACCGGAGCAUGGACACCCGCCUCCCACAACCCUCAAUCCCCGACCUCCGCCCCGCCCACAUCUUCCAUGACACCCCAACAACCCUAACCCCAGGCGGCAGCGCCAGCGGGCCCUCCAUACCCCCCUCCUCCGCGACAACAGCCUCACCUCACUAA